AUGGCCCCUCGGCGUCGUCUAUCGACCAAGAAAUCUCAUGUGCCUCACCGCGAGUCAUCUCGCCACGCUGUCGUAAUGGUUCUAGGUGAUGUGGGUCGAAGUCCUCGGAUGCAAUACCAUGCGCUUUCACUGGCGCGCAUGUCUCCAAAUCUACGCGUGACGCUCUUGGGCUACGCGGGAGAACGCUGUGUGCUCGACGUGUCACGCCAGGCGAACAUCAACCUACUGACCUUCACUCCGCGUCUACAGCGACUGCCUCGAAAGCUUUUUCUGCUAUUGGCACCUAUUAAGGUUAUAUUGCAAUUGCUGCAACUGCUCUAUCUGCUGCUAGUGACGGUGGGCAGUGUGGAUCUCGUUUUGCUGCAAAACCCACCGACGAUCCCGACGUUUGUGGUCGUGUGGCUUGGCUGCCGAUUAAAAGGUGCCAAAUUCGUCAUUGACUGGCACAAUUUAGGCUACAGUCUAUUAGCACUGUCUCUUGGUAGUGAACAUGUUCUAGUCAAGAUCGCUAAGUGGGUCGAGCGCGUGUUUGGACGCAAAGCUGAUGCCAAUUUGUGUGUCACCUACGCGAUGCAGGCGUGGUUGAGAGAGACUUGGAAAAUUGAAGCUACGGUGCUGCAUGACAAGCCUCCGCACUUUUUCAAACCCACGUCGCUUUAUACUCAACAUGAGUUAUUUGCGCGUGUGGGAGAUCAGCUCGAACAUUGCAAUGAUCUGGUGACGUGGGGACAGAACGCGGCUAACCUGGAGGAAUCACUUCUUACACGCAAGACUCGUGGAUUUAGCGGCAAGAAGAGCAAAGGUGUCGUAAAACCUCGUGAAAACCGACCAGCUAUGAUCAUCAGCUCUACGAGCUGGACAGCAGACGAAGACUUUGGCAUUCUGCUGGCAGCACUGGAGCUUUUAGACAAGUGUACGUCGUUGCUGAGUGUGUCCGAAUUCCCGAAUCUGCUGGUUGUGGUGACGGGCAAAGGGCCUCAGAAGGAGAUGUAUCUUGAGAAGAUCAGACAACUAGCCUUCAAGCGCAUUCGGAUUGCUACGAUGUGGCUCGAAGCCAGCGACUACCCACUUGUUUUGGGUAGUGCGGAUCUGGGUGUAUGCCUGCAUACUUCCUCAUCCGGCCUGGAUUUACCGAUGAAAGUAUUGGAUAUGUUCGGUUGCGGCCUUCCAGUAUGUGCUAUUGGAUACAAGUGUCUAGAUGAACUUGUGAAGCACGACAAGAACGGUCUCGUUUUCGAUUCAUCAGAGCAGCUUUCUACCCAACUUUACAAUCUACUAAAGGGCUACCCGACGGACACUGCGCAGCUCAACCGUCUCCGGUCAUCAUUAAAGACUAUCGAGCACUGGCCGGAAAACUGGAAUCGAGUCGCCGCGCCAUUGUUCAAAACGCUACUUCAGAUGUAG